AGUCCUGUUGCCACCGGCCAGUGGAGUUUAAUCUGCACUACUAAACAGAAAAUGAACAGUAAGGUAGGAGAGAAGGUAGGAGAAAAGGAAACGCUCCUGAAACAUCAGCAGCACCUGCAGAGACAGAGAGAUGCCAUCGCCUACAGGAUGAAGAAGCUGGCAGCUAAGCAGGCGGAGAUAACAAAAAAGACCAACGCAGUGAAGGAGAAAAUCAGGAAAAAGUAUGAGGACAUGAAGCGGGUCCUGGAUGAGGAUCUUCGGAUCACACUGACCCAGCUGGAUACAGAGUGUGAGGCCACAGAAAAGUCAGUGGAGGACAGGAUAGAGGAGUGCUACCACCUCACUCAGGAACUGGACCAGGAACUGUCCAACAUCGGCGCCAAUGUGAAAACGCAAGACAUUCAGAAUGCUGAAACAGAAAAAAGAAUAUCUGAGACUCUGAAGCUGACUGACCCUGACCUGAUUCAGAUAGACGAGUUCAAGAAUGAACAGCUGUUGAGUCUCACCAUCAACCUGCUGCUGUUCAUCAGAUCCCAGGUCCCUGUCACCAAGAAACUGUUUCAGACCUAUGCUGCAGAUGUUGUCCUUGAUGCUGACACUGCUCAUCCCAAGCUGAUCAUCUCUCCCAAAGGCGACUCAGCCACGUACACAGACACUUGGCAAGACGUCCCAGAGACUCCCUCCCGCUUUGACACCACCCUAAAUGUAGUCAGCCAGCAAGGCUUCAGCGAGGGACGCCAGUACUGGGAAGUGGAUGUGAGUGGGAAGACAUACUGGGAGCUGGGGCUCACAUACCCAAGCAUCCCGCGCAAGGGCCGCGAGGAGGACUCCUGGCUGGGCCGAGGCAAGGAGUCUUGGUGUGUGGAAUAUUUUAACGGAGACUACACAGCCUGGCACGGUGGUGUUGAGCAUGAGCUGCCUCUGCUGGCAGGAAAACAGUUUACUCGAAUCGGGGUGUACUGCAGCUUCCCCAGGGGUUUGGUGUGCUUUCUAGGAGCCGACACCAUGACCCCUCUGCACUGCUUCUGUGCUGGGACAUUCACGGACACCCUGCAUCAAGCGUUGUGUCCUGGUCAUGACAACGAAGGCACAAACUGGGCGUCUCUUAAGAUCUGCGAUGCCUCACGAUCAGCUCCUGUUCUCUGA